UCCCUCAUUCUCACAUCUGAGCAACUCCACUCCUCUCGCCUCUCUUCGCGGAGCUCUACUCCUGCCCCGCCCCUCUCCCUUUCACCUCGCCCCCGCUCUCUUUCUUCUUCUCUCCCUCCAUAUCAAGACGUAGACCGAACUGUGCGCGACAUUCCUGUAGAGGAAGUCGGUCCUGGGGUGGAAACAUACGGAGGGCGUUCAUCGAUACCCGGACCUGGACGUGAACGCGCCGCUUCAACCUGCUUUUAAGAAGCGAGUCGAGCAGCAAAUCUCUACAGCAGAUUUGCAGCCCACCUCUUAGGCCAGCGAGCUGUUCGAUAGGCCCCGGACCUCUCCCCUUCCCCCGCCUUGCAUAUUUUAGCCCAUCUCCUUCCUCUCCUCCCUGGACUGAUCUGAAUCCGCAGCGAGUGAGCAAGACGCGAAGAGAAGAGCAAGACGAGAAGAGAGCUGUGCAGUGCAGUGCAGCGCAAGUGCCACUCGAGAGACAGACAGACUGACAUACCGACUGCUCGCGAACAUCCGUUCGCCACCACUUGGAGUGACAGCUUCUCAAACCGAGUAUUAGAGUCGUAGAAUUUCGAAACACGCCUGAAUUCAUGCUCCGCGGUCCAGGACCCGCAACCCUCUCGUAAAAUUUUCCUUCGCCCCUUCUCACCUCCGCUCACCUCUACCUUUCCUUUCCUUUCCUUCCCUUCCAUUCUCUCUCUCUUCUCUCUCUCUCGCGUGUCUCUGCACAGGGCGACAACAAAUUAUUUGUUCUCCAAGUGCACAAUCUCUGACACCGAGUUGCGAGAAACGAUCUCGUGCGUGCGUGCGUGCUCGCCUGCCAGUCGCCAGUGGUCUGCCAGCGUCUCGUUAAAACAAGGCCCGCGCAGCGAGCAGUCGGGAGAUCUGAGCCUGCGAGGUCCGGGUCCAUCAUUCCAUGGCUCCAUCAGUGAAAGAUGGCGGUGUGGAGGUGGCCGUGAGGCGGCCCGACAAUGUGCACCAAAUUACGUCUCGGCUCUUCAAGGAUCCCGCGAGCCACCAGCUCCCGGAGCGCUACAAUUGGCCCGAUUACGAGAGGGUGGACCUAUGGACCCCGGCCGAAGAUGGCCAGCAGACGGUGCCUGUCAUCGACCUCGCGGGGCUGUCCAGCGGCGACCCGGACCUCGUCGACAAAUUAACCAAGGAGGUCGGGCGGGCCUGCGAGGAGUGGGGAUUUUUCCAGGUGGUGAACCACGGCGUUCCGGAUGCUGUAUGCGACGCCAUGCGCACGGCUGGCAUGAGUUUUUUGGACAUGCCUGUCGAGCUCAAAGAGCGCGCUACGGAUCCCGUCGGGAACUACUAUGGGUACGGCGGUAGAUACGAGAGAUUGAAGAGCAGAGUCCCAUGGAUGGAGUUCCUGGCUGCCAACAUUACCCCGGCCUGCGAAGCCGACCGCAUUAGACUCACGAUAUGGCCCGACGGGGACCCAGUGGGGCACGCUUUCCGCACGGCCGUGAAGGAGUACAGCGCGUCGCUGCAGAGCUUGUCAAUGCAGAUUCUGCAGCUGCUGGCGCGCAACAUCGGCCUGCCCGCGGACUAUUACUCCGACUUCUUCCGAGACUCGACGAAAUUCGACAGCUCCUGGAGAUUCAACCGGUACCCGCCGUGUCCGCCGCAAGCGGUGACCUUCGGGAUUGGCCCCCAUUCUGAUCCCAGCGUACUAGUAAUGCUGCAGCAGGACGAGGUGGGCGGCCUGCAAGUGCUCAAGGGCGAGACCUGGUACAGCGUGAACCCGACUCCGGGCGCAAUUAUCGUCAAUGUUGGUGACUGCUUGGAGGCAUGGAGUAAUGGGCGGUAUGAAAGCGCUGUUCACCAAGUCCUGCUUACGGAGAAGCAAAAGUGGCGCAUGUCGGUCAUAUAUGCGCUCAACCCUCCGAGCAACAUUCUCGUGUCGGCGCCCGAGGAGCUCGUGGACGAAGAACAUCCGAGAAAGUUUCGCGACUUCGCCUGGCCCGAUUAUAUCCACAACAUGAGAUCCAACCGGCAUAGAAUCAGGGAUAAGGUGGCCCUGGACUUCAUCACUAUAGGCGCCAAGAACAGAUGGGAGGAGUAGACGGGACCAUGUUGCAGGCCCUCGUAGAUUUUACGUCGUCGCUCCGGUCGGUCAGUGUGAAGUCCGCACCACCCCCAACACACACAUACACACAUACACACCACCCCCCACGCGGAUUUCUGCAGGAUGAUGUCUCUUCACAGAUGUUCGCCAGGCUCAUUUGCUAGCUAGCUUAAGCUUUUGCUACAAGAUUCGUGUGCAGCCAGUACGUAGCUAGUGACUAGUACUCGCUCUGCACUUCCUUCGUGGGCACGAAUGAGAAAGAGAGUGGGAAGUCGGAAGUGUGCCAAUCGAUACUCAAGAAGCUGUGCUCCAAGUCAGGAAGAAGAGGAGGGAGUAUGAUACCGAUCGUCACAAGGUUGGAAUAUAGCGGUUGAAUGAAAUGCAGUCGGUCCCAACAACAGUUUAUAUUCGCAUGAAGCGAUCGAGGACGCGGUCCACGCCGAGCAUAUAGAGAUCAGUGUGAGCUCUGGAUCUGCCCGCGACAUUGGUCGCCUCCUCGAACGCCCCGGAUGCCGGAUGCCGGAUGGGAUGGGCUUUAGGAAACGUACUUUAGUACAACUUGUCUGUGGAUAGAAGAAGAAGGCCGGAAUGGUUCCCAAUGUAAAGUGUACAAUGUCAAAUGUCAUGUACUUUGAGUUCUCGAUCCACGAUGCUCUUGGGACUCCAUGCUUACUGAGCCGAGCCUUAUUAAUCUAAAAUUUUUGUCUCG